AUGUCGAUUUAUCUCUCAGCCCAAGCCCCGGAAACUACCCCCAGUUACAAAUCAGACACUCCUUUCCAAUCACAUUCACAACGAGGUCGCAAACGCGGUCGAAGUCAACUCCUCAAGAAGUCGCAUUUAACCAAUGGUCACGCCUCAGUUACAUCAGUUUCCAGACGGCAGUUGUAUUCCCGUCGGGCAAGUCACGGUCCUUCGUCUACUACAAUCGCAUUAGAAACUACCGAUAGUCCUGUUGAAGGGUCUCUUUUGGAGUUCAUUGAACCAGUAAAGGAAGAAAAUCGGCAGUCUUUUGAAGAACCACAGCAAAUGCAAUCUGAGGAAGAUGAUGAAGUAGAUGAGGAUUGGCGCUUUAAAUCAAUUGUGGAUGAUGAUCGAGGACUAUUCAAGAGUGUUCAGUCGCAAGUUCAGAAGAGCUUACCCCAGGCGCUGGAGAAUAGUACCCAACUUCCCCCAACAGACAACCCCCUUUUGUUGAAUAACUCCACAGCGUCUGUCGGCGACAAAUUGUCGAAAAGGACCUCCGUAGUCCAUUCUCUCAAAGAGCUCUCUCCUUCUCAACCUCGAUGUCCGCCUAGAAUUCAAAUUGGGAAGUACUGUAUCGAGACCUGGUACUCUGCUCCCUAUCCCUCGGAAUAUGCUCGCCUCAACCUCCUCUACGUGUGUGAAUACUGCCUGAAGUACUUCAAAACUGCAGAUGUGUACAAGCGACACAUGGCCAAAUGUCAAUGUUACUAUCCCCCUGGCAACGAAAUUUACCGCUGUGACAACAUCUCCGUCUUCGAAGUGGAUGGUCAAAUGUCAAAACUCUACUGUCAACAGCUCUGUAUCCUCGCCAAACUCUUUCUUGACCAUAAAACCCUUUACUACGACGUGGAACCAUUUCUCUUCUAUGUGGUCACUAUCCAUGAUCCACGCGAGGGCUAUCAUCUCGUGGGAUACUUCUCAAAGGAGAAACGUUCUCAAAAGUUUAAUCUCAGUUGCAUUAUGAUCCUUCCGCCUUACCAAAAACAGGCGUUUGGAAGGUUCCUCAUUGACUUUAGCUUUCUCCUCUCUCGAAUUGAGGGUGUCUCAGGUUCUCCCGAAAAACCUCUCUCUGAUUUAGGUCGUCUUUCCUAUGAGUCCUACUGGAAGUCUACAAUCAUUCCUCUCAUAUUCCCUCAGGGAGAAUUACGAGCAGACAUAUCAGUUCAGGAGAUUUCCACUAAAACUGGAAUUGAUGUAAACGAUGUUACGACGACUCUGGAACAACUCGCGUCGGGGACUCGAUUACAUCCAGAGAAUGGAAGACCAACUCUCUUUUUCGAUGCUGAAAAACUCUCCAAACUCAAAUCUAAGUAUGAUGAGCGGUCAAAAAAUUGGAUCAAGCUAAAAAUCGAUUGCUUGCGCUGGUCCCCACUCACCACAGAUACCAAGUGUAUUAAACCGUCCUUGGUGGAAGAGAUCAGUGCCCAUUCAAGCUGCCUCGCUUCUCCUGGCCACUCUCCCCGACAGAGCAGUCCAAAAUCCCCAAGGAGACAACUGCCUCGUCCUGUGACUUCUCCCUUAAGAUCACGCACCAUUUCCAUAGUCACAUCCCCACCUCCAACCAAAAGGCGUCGUGGAAGACCAUCGAAGAAUGCUACUCGUCAGAUUUCCAAUUCUUCAGCUCCUGACGCGGGGACCUUUCCACCAACAUCGAGACUUGGCUUCCUACAACAUCCGUCGAAUUCUUCGUCCACAUUGUUGGAAUCAUUCCCACUCCCAACCUCUUUCGACAUGAUGGAACCUACUCCUUUGAAUAUUCUUUCUACUGAGGAAGAGACUGCACCGGCGGCAUUGAAUAAAGAACUUCCACUCCCCCAGUAUCCUUGCAAGAAAGACGGGAUGCUUUUUAAUCAACAGAAGCCACCUGAUUCUCCCUCAGGAGGUCCGGGUUCUGUAUUAAACAAUUCCUCUUCCGCAAAUAUCAACAUUCCCUCAACCACUUGCACAACUUCCAAAUCUAGGGUAACUUCCACAACAGGUGAGAAGGGUGAAACCGGUACAACGAAUCGGAUGCCAUCACGUGGUGGUGGAGGCCGUUAUUCCCUAGGAAAUAAAUCUCACUCAAGACUCCAUCUCAGACGACGUUCAACCGUUACGGCAGGCGCAUUGAAGUGUAUGGACAUAAGGAAUUUUGUAAUCAAGUGCAACGGAGAAUCCGAAUAUGAGCAGACUGUCUGCCACAACGGUGGUGGGAUCAGCAAUUCUGCAACGAUGGAAACUUCUCCGAUUGAGACGGCGAGACAUUCUACCUCAAUCUCUCCUCCGAUUUGUAUAGAUCAGAAUGGGACCACAUCAUCUAAUGUCUUUGUCUCAAAUAUUAUUUCGUCACACGAACAUGUUGGUUCUCAGUUUACUUCUCGUUCAAGAUCCGAGCCAGACAUGGAGAAUCUAUCAUGCUCUGAAGACCAGACACUUCAAAAGACUUCUACCUCUGCAGAGAACCUCACUAAUGCACCUCAACCAUUCCCCGUAGUUAAUGUUCCUCCAGAUGUCCUUACGCGACUUCGAGGAAGCGAAGAUACUCCCCGAACAAGUCCAAUGUAUGCUCCGAGUGAAGACAGUGAUUCAACCGAUCCAAUGAAUCAAGGAGAUGAAGGUAAAAUGGCUCUGGGUGCUCGAAGGCGGCACACAACAUUCUCCCGACAUCGUGGAUUUAAAAUUCCUGCUCAUCUCCAGAAUCAACCUCGUUCACCUCUACCUCAAUUUCAAUCCAUCCAGUUCGCCACCACCCGGGAGACAUCUAUAGUGGAGGAAAUUUGCACUCCCUUACCCACAGAUCCGCUUCAAAUUUCCCUUGAACCCAUUAUUACCACUAAACCAAAGCUCUUGCAUCAUCCCGACGUAUCAGUAUGCCUUGUAUAUUCAGCAACUCCAAAUUCCGACUCUGUUUCUUCUACUUCCCCUCCUUUCGCGUUUCCGCAACAAAAUGGAACUGGAUCGGUACCUCCACCUUCAAACCGACCCCCUUCACCAUUGUUUCCACCCCCUCUUUCAGCUGAAAGAAGUGUAGCUUGUGACCAGCCUAUAACGCCUGUCCAAUCAACACUGACGACGAGGCCGACAAUGUAUCAGCCUCCGGAUAUAGUCUGGAUGCCAGUUCCAGGCGAUUUUACCUUCUUUCAGCACCCUGAACCUUUUCAACACCCUUUCUAUGCCUUGCCGCCCUAUGAACUUCAACCCCCACAAACAUUAUUCAACCCAACUCCAGGUAUCCAGGUAGUUCCUUGUUGUACAGCAACACCUGAUUUCCAGAAUCCACAAUCGGUGCCUUUAAAUCAGCAUCCAUUACAUCAACAACCCCAACCGGUUAUGAUGUACCCACAGAUGUUUGCUCCUCCUCCCAAUACCUAUAUCCCCGCACCAUGUCCAGGUCCUGCACCUCAAUAUAUGAUGAUGGAUCAUGCACAAUUCCACCAGAUCCCUACUCAAUCCGUGCCUACUCCUACUCAAGCGGCCCAAUCGAUUAUGCAGCCUAUACCUCUGCCCUCUGGUAUCUCUCAACAGCAGCCAUUUGUAUCAAAUGAGGUUAUUGAACCUCCAUCUGCAGCUGCAGAUUGGAUGUCACCAUCGUAUUCUCUUAGGAGUUAA